AUUCAUCGCUGCUUUGGAAAGCUCAUCUCCAGCGGGUCGAACAGCUGGCCGCGUGCACUUGGCGACGUAAUUUUGUUUGUUUUGUUGUUGUUGCUGUUGCUGCUGUGGAGCGAUCACUGCCGGAAAACCAGUUUGUGGAAGUGGCCAACAUAACUGCAACGGCAUCUCACCGACUACUAUUACAAGCCAAAUACGCAGACACGGUUGGCGGAACAGAGACAGCGGAUGCCUGGCGAAAAGAAAGUUUUGGCGCAAUCCACGGCCUCUGCCUGUAAUGAAGAAGCGUCGUCGCCGCAGUAACUGCUGCACUCUGCCCGCGAACGGACGCAUUUGCUCCAGCAUAUGCCUCCGUGCUUGGUCGGCUUUGUCUCUUUUAUCUGGCCAGCAGCAUCGGAAUUGGAAUUGUAAGUGGAAUUCGAACUGGAAGUGGACAACGGUCAGCAACGAACAACGGAGCAUCGGACAACAAAAGCGGCCGUUGGCAGCGGGAAAAAGUGAAAUCGCUGAUAAACCCGAAUACCCCCCAGACAUUUUUUGUCAGUUAGUCGUCCCUCGUCCAUCAAUGAAUGGCCCGGGUCUGAACCUGGAAUCUAUUUUGGGAGCUUGGCAAAUUUGCGCGCACUUGGGCAAAGCAGAGAUAAUAGUGAAGUAAUCGCGGCGACAUCCCCACGCUCCGUCGAGCAUGACACUCAAAUGCCAUUGAAGAGUUGGCAGUCGCAGCAAUAAAAGUGAAAUCCGCACGAGCAAACAUACGCACACCGAAAGCGAAACCAAAGCAGUUCCCACACAGACAUGGCGGCAACCACUGGCUCUGGCAGCAACGCCACCGCUAGCACCAGCAGCAGCAGUACUACCGCUCCGGUUCCGCGACGCAAGCACAGCACCCGGGAGCAGCUGCACCAAAUGCUGGCCGGCGGUCUAUCGGCUGCCAUCACACGCUCCACCUGCCAGCCGCUGGACGUGCUCAAGAUCCGCUUUCAGUUGCAAGUGGAGCCGCUGGGAAAGGCAGCCGGCGCAGCGAGAGACCUGACCUCCAAGUACACAUCAAUCGGACAGGCGGUGAAGACAAUCUACCGUGAGGAGGGACUGCUGGCCUUUUGGAAGGGCCACAAUCCCGCCCAGGUGCUGAGCAUCAUGUACGGUAUCUGCCAGUUCUGGACGUACGAGCAGUUGAGCCUGUUGGCUAAGCAGACGAAGUACCUGGCAGAUCACACACAUCUGUCCAACUUUUUGUGCGGCGCUGCGGCCGGUGGAGCGGCUGUGAUCAUUUCCACUCCCCUGGACGUGAUCCGCACCCGACUAAUCGCCCAGGACAAGAGUAAGGGCUACCGGAACGCGACGCGGGCUGUGUCGGCAAUUGUGCGACAGGAGGGACCGCGGGGCAUGUACCGCGGCCUGUCCUCCGCCCUGCUGCAGAUCACGCCGCUGAUGGGCACCAACUUUAUGGCCUACCGCCUGUUCAGCGACUGGGCGUGCGCCUUCAUGGAGGUGGGCGACCGCAGCCAGCUGCCCACAUGGACUCUGCUGGGACUGGGCGCCUCCUCGGGCAUGCUGUCCAAGACGAUAGUGUACCCCUUCGAUCUGAUCAAGAAAAGGCUGCAGAUACAGGGCUUCGAGUCGAACCGCCAGACCUUCGGGCAGACGCUCCAGUGUCGCGGAGUCUGGGAUUGCAUGCAGCUCACCGUGCGGCAGGAGGGCGUGAGGGGCUUGUACAAGGGCGUGGCCCCCACACUCCUCAAGUCAAGCAUGACGACGGCCCUGUACUUCAGCAUUUACGACAAGCUCAAGCAGGUGCGCUUCUAGGUCGCACUCGGACCCAGUGGGCUUGGGGCUUGGGGUGCUGCCAGACAGAAUCUACACUGUAUUUUCUAUUUUUAUAUAUAUGUAUUAAUAUAUAUAUAUGAAUAAUAUUAAGGGCAUAGGCUAACUGUUGAUUAGUUUUCGGUUAUGCAAACGGGGUUCUGUUUAUCUUGGACCAAUUGACUUGGCCAGCGCCUUACUGAAGCACAAACACACUUGGCGCACCAGUUAAGUUUAUAAAUAUGUUUAGUUUGUAGAAAAUGAGCCGAAAAAAGUAAAAAAUUAAAUCCA